UUACACAGAACGCUGAAUUCAUUUCCCUCCUUUCUCCAAUUAACAGACUCUCCACCAUCCUUUCCUUUUUCUCUCUUUCUUUUGAUCCGUUAUCGCAGGAAGGAACAACCAUAACUCGGAUCCCGACUCGUUCUUCGAGCCCGAGUCACCAACUCAUGGCGCGGGCACUCACGCACCACCUAUCACUAAUCCUAAUCCUCAUCGUCGCCGUCGCCGGCGACGCCAAUCUCCUCCGAAACCGCCACCACGGCUCUCGCCCUGCCAUGCUCCUUCCCCUGUACCUCUCCGCACCGAAUUCCUCCACGUCAGCGCUCGAUCCCCGUCGCCAGCUCACCGGAUCCGAGUCUAAACGCCACCCUAACGCGCGCAUGAGGCUCCACGACGAUCUCCUCCUCAACGGGUAUUACACGACGCGGCUUUGGAUCGGGACUCCUCCGCAGAUGUUUGCGCUCAUUGUUGAUACGGGGAGCACUGUUACGUAUGUUCCGUGCUCCACAUGCGAACAAUGUGGCAGGCACCAGGAUCCAAAGUUUCAGCCGGAAUCUUCAAGCACCUAUCAACCUGUCAAAUGUACAAUUGAUUGCAACUGUGACAGUGACAGGAUGCAGUGUGUGUAUGAGAGACAAUAUGCUGAAAUGAGUACAAGCAGUGGUGUUCUUGGUGAGGAUCUCAUAUCCUUUGGAAAUCAGAGUGAGCUUGCUCCGCAGCGUGCUGUUUUUGGCUGUGAAAAUGUUGAGACUGGUGAUCUUUAUAGUCAGCAUGCCGAUGGCAUCAUGGGUUUGGGCCGCGGUGAUCUUAGUAUCAUGGAUCAACUUGUUGACAAAAAUGUAAUUAGUGAUUCAUUCUCACUAUGCUAUGGUGGAAUGGAUGUUGGUGGGGGUGCAAUGGUUCUCGGUGGCAUAUCUCCCCCAUCAGACAUGGCUUUUGCAUAUUCAGAUCCUGUUCGUAGUCCAUAUUACAAUAUUGAUUUGAAGGAGAUACACGUUGCUGGGAAGCGACUGCCUCUAAACGCAAAUGUUUUUGAUGGAAAACAUGGGACUGUCUUGGAUAGUGGUACAACUUAUGCUUACCUACCAGAAGCAGCAUUUCUUGCAUUUAAAGAUGCUAUUGUGAAGGAACUUCAAUCUCUCAAGAAAAUCAGUGGUCCAGAUCCAAAUUAUAAUGAUAUAUGUUUUUCUGGUGCUGGAAUUGAUGUCUCUCAACUCUCUAAAAGUUUUCCAGUGGUUGACAUGGUAUUUGAAAAUGGUCAGAAGUACACACUGUCACCUGAAAACUACAUGUUUCGGCAUUCAAAAGUGCGAGGUGCAUACUGUCUGGGAGUUUUUCAAAAUGGAAAUGACCAAACUACUCUGUUAGGAGGUAUCAUUGUCCGAAACACUCUUGUAGUGUAUGAUCGUGAGCAGACAAAAAUUGGUUUCUGGAAAACAAACUGUGCUGAGUUAUGGGAAAGAUUACAGAUAUCUGUUGCCCCACCACCAUUACCUCCAAAUUCUGGAGUAAGAAAUUCAAGUGAAGCAUUAGAGCCAUCAGUUGCUCCAUCUGUGUCACAGCAUAAUGCUCGGCCAGGUGAACUCAAAAUUGUGCAAAUAACAAUGGUAAUUUCCUUUAACAUCAGUUAUGUGGAUAUGAAGCCUCACAUUAAAGAAUUGGCUGGACUCUUUGCUCAUGGGUUAAAUGUUAAUACUUCCCAGGUUCACUUACUGAAUUUUACGUCUACUGGAAAUGAUUCGCUCAGUAAAUGGGCCAUAACCCCAAAACCAGAUUCUCAUUACAUUUCUAACACUACUGCAAUGAAUAUAAUUGCCCGGCUUGCUGAACAUCGCAUCCAACUUCCUGGCACCUUUGGAAAUUAUAAGUUGAUUGAUUGGAGUGUCGAGCCUCCAUCAAAGAAUUGGUGGCAGCAACACUUCUUGGUCGUGAGUUUAGCUAUUUUGAUCACAUUGCUUCUAGGAUUGUCGAUAUUAGGAACGUUCUUAAUUUGGAAAAAAAGACAGCAAAGCUCGCAUUCAUACAAGCCAGUGGAUGUGGUUGUUCCAGAGCAAGAACUUCAGCCAUUAUGAGCUAAGGUCAUGCUACUGCUUCUUUAAUAUCUUACUUGAUAGUGUCAGUAGCAUAUUCAACUAUUAUCAAGAGAGCAAUUUAUGCAAACCAUAGUCACUCAACUGAUCAAGUUUUUUGUUUCAAAGAAAUCAGGCUGUCACGAUAUCCAGUGAUCAUUGAACCCUGAUAGAGGUACAUAAAGAUUUCUCUAGAUAUGUUAUCUAUCAUCUGUAAGCGCAAUUUUGUUUGUGAAAUGUGAAUAUUGUAAUAUACAGGUGAAUCAAAGGGUGGCAGCAUUAGAUUGAAAUACAAUUUCAUAUAUUGUAAUUUUUACAUUUCAUUUCAGUUGUGGCUUAUUACCGCGUUAUGUUCUUAUUCUGUUUCGACGACUCUUUACAAUAGGGAAUAAUGUCUGAGGAAUUAAUCAAUCUACUUCGUUCCUUAUUUUCCUCACAAGUUUCAAGUGAGAAUAAUGCUA